GCCAUGGAUGCAGCCCAGCUUGCAGAUGAUCUGAAAGCCCAGCUGGAGCUGGCUCAGAAGAAGUUACAUGACUUCCAGGAUGAGAUCGUGGAAAACAGAGUGACUAGAGAGAAAGAGAUGUUCAACUUCAAAAGGGCUGAGGAAGAUAUUUCUAGGUUACGCAGGAAGCUGGAGACCACUAAGAAGCCUGACAUGGUUCCCAACUGCGAUGAGAUAUUGAUGGAGGAAAUCAAGGAUUACAAGGCCCGCCUGACCUGCCCGUGCUGUAACAUGCGCAAAAAGGAUGCUGUGCUUACAAAGUGCUUUCAUGUCUUCUGUUUUGAGUGUGUAAAAACACGCUAUGACACUCGGCAGCGUAAGUGCCCCAAGUGCAAUGCUGCCUUUGGUGCCAACGACUUCCAUAGGAUCUACAUCGGCUGAUUCUUGCCACUAGAGUGACAGAAAGUUGCUGCUUAUGCCAACCACCCAGCCUCCCUCACUUUCUGUGCUUGUCACCUUUGGGACAGUC